CUUGCUUGCCAGAAAGGGAGAAGGGUGCAUGGCCAGGACUGGCAGUGCCCGCGGAGCCCUGCACAUGGACACCUGGCAGUCCUAGCUCCUACCACUCCGCCCCAUGCAGAAUCUAAAAAAGCCUUCACUAUGGAAGUUUGCUGGAGUUUUUAUGGUUACUAGUGGAACAAAUGCAGCCGUAUACAGAUCUUAUGCAUUACAUACCAUUUGUGUGAAAGGGAGGAAGAUCUGAAAUAUGAUCCAGACUGUAACUUCUGUUUAGAAAAGCGCUUGAACAGUUCAUCUCAUUACAUUCUGUGUGACGACAGGAAGUGGACGGUUACCGACAGAGAGAAGAUGGAUGGCUCUUCUACAGAAUUGUUGCCUUGUCCCCUAUGGUCUCCUUCUGAAGAAUCUAAGCCUUUUCCUUCGGAGAGCUUAAGCCGUUAUAACUAGAAGAAAAGCUUCUUCCAAAUAAAUGGGCACGCUCAAUGCUUAACUGCACACUUUAUUUCUUCUCAUCUCUCAGGGACAUUAUCCUACAUGGGCACUGCUCCAACCAGAUCUGGUUACGCCAGUCACUAUGGAAGACCAGCAGAUGUACAAGACACAGCUCGUCUCCAACAGUAGCGAUAGUUUGUACUAUCAACAAAUGCAGCAUCAGGCAAACAGCCAGCUGCUCAACCACAGUUACGACUCUCUGGACUUGAACGCCUCCGAGUCCUCUUCAUCCUCUCCUCACUUGUCCCAAGAUUCCAGAGAGAUCACAUUAAAUCCUGGAGCUAAAAAUACCGGACAGGUCGAUGCAUCUAGAACUUUACAUUGGUCGAAUGUAGGUAACCACACUCAGGGAGGCAAUAAUAUUAAUUGCUAUGACCAAAGCUUACAAUGGAAUUCACAGGUACAAAACGAUCCCACAUCUGGCGCCUACCAGAUGUCUUACUAUCCCGAACUGGAUAAUCAUCCGAAAAUGACCAGCAGAGCAUUACAUAAGUUGGAUUCUUUCACGCAGGUGUUUGCUAGGCAGAACUUAAGAAUCCAUGCCAUGGCUCAGGGUUUACCUGAACAGUCGCUGGCGGACUGUGACAGUGCUCUCAGGCAGCUGCUGUCAGUCAAACCAAUGGGCGAGCAGCAAGCUACCACUAUGGAUAGGUAUCCUCAGGUCUCUCAGCAGAUGCAUCCAAGCCUAUCCAACCAACAGCAGAAGCCUCCUCUACAGCCCGUGCAGCAAUCACAGUCAUUUUACUAUGAUUACUUCCCGCAUGCCACUCAGAUGCCGCCCGAGCCUUCAAUGCAGCAGUAUGGGCAGCAGGGGCAGUCAAAUCAGGUUCUAGCACAACACGGACAGGGCUUGCAACAGACCCGGUAUUAUGUGCAGCAUCAACAGCCAGAACAGCAUCGACUCUUACACCAGGGAAUACAGCAGCAGGGUCCGUUCUCUGGUCAGCUGUCUGAGUACUACCAAGUGCAGUCAGCAGGGCAAGAAAUGCAUCACAACGUACUGCAAUCCCAUCACCAUCAUGUGCAGCUUCAACAUCAGCAACCACCGUACAGCAAUUCCAAAGCCGAGCAGUAUGCCCAAAAUCAGUCCCACGACAUGCAUCUGAUUCAGCUAGGUGCAGUGCCGCAGUACAUGUUUCAGAACGCACAACCAGUCAGAAAUUCGUAUAAACAUCGUGUAGCCCCGCAACUGACCCUUCAUCAGGAUAACAGUGCUCAAAAGCCAUAUAAAAAUGAAGUUCAACCUCCGGUUCUUAUGAGGAGAUCUGUGGGGCUAUCAAAUACAGACAACCUAAAUGACUACAGCCAGGACAGUAUGGGAAUAAUAGCGGAUGGUGCCCCUCAACGACAUGCUUUAACGCAGGAUAACUCCUACUUGCUAAGUAAUCAAGGAGCACGUCAUUCUCCAAGCCCGGGAUGGCCCCAGCAUGUGUCGGAUGGGAAAGUCGGGACUGUCUCUCCAGACAACAGUCGAAAAGCCGGCUCACAGUGCUCAGUAUGCUUCAAGGAAUUCAAGAGCCUUCCAGCCCUGAACGGACACUUGAGGUCACAUGGUGGGGUGCGAACAGUCCCCAAACAGGACGAAGGCCAGAAGUCACAGACUAGCGAGGCGGAAAACCUCACGCCCAUCGUCAUGCCUGUGUCUGUACCUGUAAAGCUUACGCCACCUGAUGCCAAUGCUCAGCUCAGCUGCAGAGCUGAUCAGCCAGCGAACAGUAUGUCCGAUGACGAAAUGCCCAUCUUAACCAGGAUGACUUGCUCCCCAACAUCCUCCCCAAAGGCGGACAGCUCCCGCACGUCUUCUGAAAUGAUCAGAAAACUUCAAGAACCCAGUACGAAAUUGGUCAAAGCACAGGGAACCAAACCUCAGCAAGAAAGGCGGAAAUAUCGCCACAGACCUGAACCUCUGUUCAUCCCUCCUCCUUUCCUCGGUGCAAAUCUAUCUCAUUCUGGGGCAACAUUGUACCAAAGCCAGCUCCGCUCCCCUCACCUCAUUGCGGAUGCCUUGCUUCUGAGAACUCAGGAGCCACCCACCUACACUCCACCGCCUAUGCUUAGCCCUGUGCGCCAAGGAUCCGGACUUUUCAGUAGCGUCAUCACAUCAGCACACAAUGCUCAUCUUCCGCUCACCCCGUUGACUCCCACUCCAAGAGUGCUGCUCUGCCGAUAUAACUGCAUUGAUGGGACCACUGCUACAGUAACGCCGGGACCUGGAGAACAAACUGUUGAUGUUGAACCGAAAAUCAAUAUUGGAUCAAGAUUCCAGGCCAAGAUCCCAGAUCUUCAGCACCGCUCAUUGCUUGAGAAAGAUACGCACAAAGCGACCUUGGUGUGGAAACCGUGGCCGGACCUAGAGAGUGAAGAAUCGCAACACAGAGUGGAGGUGUUCCUGAGCAUGUCGUGUUCCAGCGUACUACCAGGAGGAGGAACCAACAUGGAAUACGCUCUGCAUUCUCUCUUUGAAGCCAAUGGAAACAUAAUGACUGCAUUGGAGAUGCUGCUUUUAAGAAAUGCACCAAGGCUGAAAACCCAUCCACUGGCAAGUUACCACUAUGCAGGAUCCGAUUACUGGACCACCAACGAGAAGAAGAGUUUUAACAAAGCAAUAAACACCUGCAAUAAGGAUUUAUUCCAUGUCCAGAAGAUGAUAAAGACAAAGACGGUGUCGCAGUGCGUCGAAUAUUAUUACACCUGGAAGAAGAUCCUGCACAUGGGCCGCAGGCAGAGGUCACGUCUCAUUGAACUGCAUGAGGAUGAUACGACCAGUGUGGAUGAGGAGGAUGGAGAUGAACCCAAGAAGAACCAUGCAGCCUAUCAACCAGUGCAGAAAACUCCGGAACUACUACAUCCAGCAGUGAACGACCAUUCUGUACCUGCACACACUGGCCCUCCAGCCGCCAACUUUGUGUGUGAAAUGGGAAACUGCGGAGCUAUAUUCUGCUCCAGGCAGGCUCUGAACGGCCAUGCCCGUAUUCACGGAGGAACAGCUACCACCGCCAAGGUGUUUACAGCUACAAGUACUGGAAGAUCCAAAUCAGGGACUCAGAGUGAAUACUGUUCUGUGAAGAGCUCCCCGGCGCACAGCACCACUAGCGGGGAGACCGACGCUACAUCCGUAUUCCCAUGUAAACUCUGCGGCAAGGUCUUCUACAAGAUCAAGAGUCGUAACGCGCACAUGAAGACUCACAGGCAGCAGGAGGAGCAGCAAAGGCAGAAGGCACAGAAGGCGGCGGUGGCAGCGGAAAUGGCCGACACCAUUGCAAGGACUAUAGUAAGGACUACUUUGCCCACGGACAAUAUCAUGCCGUUUGAUCCCUUCAGCCUGAUUAAAAGCUUAAAAGAAGAGUUUGAUGACGAUGUGGCCCAGGAUUUAGAAGACGUCCUAAAAGAGACAGAGGUCAUGCACCCCGAUCUGAUCUUGGAUGAUGAGGAUGUGGAUCUACUGCAGGAUGGGGACUUGUAGCCACCAACGUGGAUCCCUGCAUCCAUUUCCUGCACGGAAUAGAUACAUUGAGUUAUAGUUGGGGGUUCAUUUUGUUGGCUGAGCAUUAUAUGCCCUGUAGCCACCAACUCGCUAUGACACAAAGUACGAUGUGAAGCUUUACUGAAUUCGAAUUUUUUUGCCGUUAUUAAAGGGCUUGGCGCAUCUCAGACAUUAAUGACGCAUCGCUAGAAUAUGCCACCAGUGUCAGAUAGAAGCGGUUCUCCCCUCUAGGAAUGGGACCCCAAAGUGAAGGAGAGCCCAUUCAUAGCUUGCUCUCCAUUCACUACUAUGGGAAUUCUGAAAAUACCGGAGUGAGCUUGCUCGGCUAUUUCCAGAAGUCCCAUUGCAGUGAAAGGAGAGCGCACCGCACAAUCACAGCCACCUCUCUAUUCACAGCUAUGGGAGUGCUGCAAAUAGCCAGUUGUUUUGGAAUUCCAAUAGCAGUAAAUGGAGAGCGUGCUAUGGGAGUGCUCACCUUCACGUAGUGGGGCCCCGUUCUGGAGCUAGAAGUGGGUCACAGAGGUAGGACCUGCACCUGUCUGACAUUGAUUGCAUAUCCGAGAGAUAUAUCAAUGCCUGAGAUAGGAAUACCCCUCUAAGGCUGUUUACAUUCAUUGCUCAGGCAAAACCGUGACCAUGGUGGCCACCAUUUUGUGGUCAGACCGUUGUGCAGUGUAGCAGUUACCUAUUCAGACCCCAACAAGGUUCAUUCAUUCUGGUAAAUACACGAGCCUGUGAUCUCCAUGGUUAUUUUGGGAUAAAAAUAUGGAAAAUCAAGUGUUCUCAUGAGAAGUCUUCUCUGCUGGUUUUUCUUUAUCAAAGGGACAUUGCGUGGAUCCAAAUCCACACCAUUCCAGUAAUUAUCCACACAAAGCUGCCAUUGAAGAUGUGGAGAUUGGUGUAAAUGACAAUCUGGAUUCUUACAGCGUCCCUAUGACAAGUCUGGAAAAACCCAGAGCACAGGAGGGAAGUGUCAUGGGGCUAUAACGUCAAUGAACGAUGAAAAAUAUUACAGGCAGGAACCAAAGGGAACGACAUGUUUACAUAUAAGGAAUAUUCUUCUAGAAGCUAUACACGACUACUAUACCGAAUACUCUCCAUCCACCAAACCCAAUGUGAUGAUGGGAACUGUAGUACUGGAGGAUCAUAGGGAUGUCCAUUUUAAAUGAAGGACACAACGGCUAUCCAUUGGGUUGGAGCCCCUUGUUUGUCUCCCCCUACUAAUGGGGGCUACCAGCAAUAUGAACCCAAGCAGUUAGCUCCUGGACCCCGUUAUUCAGAUAAGGACAUCUUCGAUGAUAUACCAGAAGAGCUGUGCCCAGGAAUGGUGGUGAUGUUGCCUGUGGUAACCCCCCAGAUUGCAGUUCUCAACCUGUGAUCCGAUUGGAUACUAUCGGCAGCUUCUCCCCCAUUACGGUACGUCAGUCAUUCUAAGUCUCGCUUUAGGGCUCCUCCCAGAUCCCUGACUUUUGCGCCAUUUUGUUUAACCAUCCUUAGAAACAAGAUGGUGUCCUCAUUCUUUGUUUUGUUUAGGGUGGAUGUCGUGAUGUACUAAAUGAGUGUUUGAAACAGGAUUCUAUUUUAAUUAAUGUGUUUUAAAAUGUUUUAUUUUUUUAUUAUCAGACUGAUCUCUUAAAAAGUUUUUCUAAAGUGCAACCUUCCUCACAUGGGGCCUCGAGCGUACACCAGGAUGAAAGAAAAUGAAUAUACUAGGCCUUAAGUAGCGCAGAGAGAAAAUGGGGCAACCGCCACCGUAGCCAAUCAGAUCUCUGCUUCACCUGGUGUUACCAUAUUUUUUAUGGCUUUUUUAUUGUUAAUUUUAUACACGCAGACACCUAAGGGAAAAACCUCUGAAAAACGACCUGUAUAAAAUUUACAAUAAUAAAAAAUAAAUAAAAAAACUCCCCUUGCUGCUGUAGAUUUCAGUUUUGGUGCACAGAUGGCCCAAUAUUCCCCCAGUUAUUAGGGAGCAUGCGCCUCUUCAUAAUUGUGGGGCAUCUGUGACACAAGUUAAGACUGGCUUACAAAACACCCGUCUUAGGGCUCAUGCACAGGACCGUAGCCUGUUUUGCGGUCCUCAAAUUGUGGAUCUGCAAAACACAGAUACCGUCCACGUGCGCUCCACUUUUUCUACUUAUACGACCUAUAAUAGAACAAUUCUAUCCUUGUCUGUAACGCGGACAGAACGGACAUACAGAGGUGGACAGCACACUGUGUGCGAUCCGCAUCUUUUGCGGCCCCAUUGAAUGGGUCCGCAUCCGAUCUGCAAAAAACGCAGAUCGGACGUGGACAAAAAUACAUUGAUUACUCUUACCGGUAAUCCGUUUUCCAUGAGCCUAUGACAACACCUGUGAGAGAUCCUCACUCUUCCGGACAGGAAACAGGAACUUCCCAGAUCUUUAAAAGGGUCCUCUGUACUCCACUGCUCAGUUUGUGACAAGAUUCCUAGGACCUUCAAAACACCUGUGAAACUUAACACCUCAUACAUAAAUAUCUUAAAUAUAUGCCAUUCAGCAUACCUCCUCUUUAAGAUAACUUCUAUGAAACUAAAUGUGUAAUUUUUAUUUUAUUUUUGGGGGAGAGGGGAAUAAUGUAGGUGCUGUCAUGGGCUCAUGGAAAACAGAUUACCAGUAAGAGUAAUCAAUGUAUUUUCAUUACGCCCCAUGACAGCACCUGUGAGAGAUUAGACUAGAUAAUUUUAGGGUGGGACUUUCUCCCAAAGGACUGUUCCUGAGCAGACAAUAAGACCAAUCUGUAAUGUUUGUAAAACGUGGUCUGAGAGUUCCAGGUCAUAGCUCUACAAAUUUGGUCAAUGGUGGCACACCCCUUCUCUACCCAAGAUGAUGCCACUGCUCUUGUAGAAUGGGCUGAGAAUCCCGUAGGAACCUGGAGACCUGCCAGAGAAUAAGCUAAGCCUAUUGUCUUCAUAAUCCAUCUGGCUAAAGUGCGACUUGUAACUUUUAACCCUCUGUUUGGACCCUAGAACUGAACAAAAAGUUGAGAGGUAUCUACAGACACAUCUCCUCACAUCAAGUGUAUGAAAUGUCUCCUCGUCUUCACUUUUGGGAUUUUGACAAAAAGAGGGGAGAACAAUUUCCUGGGAUCUAUGAAAAUCCGAGACAACCUUUGGCAGAAAAGCAGGUUCUGGUUUAAACACUAUCCUAUCUUCCAGUACCAAGGUAUAAGGUCGAGAGGCGGAAAGCUCCCCCACUCGUCUAGCAGAUGUAACAGCCAUCAGAAAUGCAGACUUGUAAGACAACAUUCUCAAGGAAAUAGAAUAUAUGGGCUCAAAUGGACUUUUUGUUAACCUAGAAAGUACUAUAUUAAAAUCCCGGGGAGCUGUCUUGACCUUAACAAAACUUAACAAAAGGGAAUAACCUGGAUGACUCUUUAAUAAACCUCUUGAUCCAGGGAUGGGUAGCCAACCUGAAGUCAAAUAGCGCACUGAGGGCAGAAAUCUGGACUUUGCUAGGUUUAAAUUUUUGUUAAGAUCCUCCUGUAGAAAAUCUAAAAUGAAUGGAAUAUUUGGUGGCAAAACCAGAUCUAGGCCUGACCCAGCAAAUUGAACAAAGGUCUUCCAAACCCUCAAAUAAAUGUUAGAGGUAACCUCCUUUCUACUAGCUAGUAGAGUUUCUACCAUUUGUUCUGACAGACUCCUGGCCUUAAAGAACUCCCUCUCAAAAUCCAGGCCGUUAAGUGUAACUUCUUUACUUCUGGAUGAUAUAGAGGGCCCUGAUACAGCAAGUCCUCCAUCCAGGGAUCCGAAAGAGAGAGCCUCCUUAACCAGGCAAACCAUACUCUUUUUGGCCAGAAUGGAGCUAUUAAUAUCACCGUUGCUUCCUCCCUCCUGAUCUUCUUCUGAAUUACCCUGGGUAAUAGGCAGAGAGGGGGAAAAGCAUAAACCAGAUCUCUGCCCCAAUGUUGAGACAGGGCAUCUCUCCCCAGGGACUGAUCUGACAAACUGAGAGAAUUUUUUUUAGGCAUUUCCCGUUUUCUCUGGAUUCAAAAAGGUCUAUUGUUGGGGACCCCCACAGAGCUUCUAUCUGAUAAGAGAUAUCUUGGUUUAGACACCAGUUUCCUUGACUGAACUUGUCUGCUCAGAAAGUCUGAUUCACAGUUCUCUGAGCCUUUCAGGUGUACUGCUGAGAGAGAUGGAACCUUCCCCUCCAUUAGUUGGAAAAUUAAGGACACUAGAUUCAGUAGCUGAGGAGAUCUUGUCCCCCCUUGUCUGUUGAUAUAGGCCACCACUGUCGCGCUGUUGUAAUUAUCAAUAGAUCUUCUUUCACCCAUUCUACUCCUUGAAUCAAGUUCAGCUCCUUCAUCCACCACAAAAGGGAAUCCUUUACUGACCUGGGGAUUACACAUUUGCAGUCUAGUGUUAACAUUCCCUUGUCCCAAUGCGAAAGGAUGUAUGACUGCAGUAUUCUGGACCUGAACUGGGCCCAUUUCACCGCCAGUAUACAUGCCGUCAUUAGACCUAAAAUGGACAUACCCUCUCUCAGCGUAGAUAUUCUGGUUUUGCUGAAUUCCCUCAUCCUCUGUUGUAAUGCCAGUCUCUUUUCUACUAGAAGAAAGGAUUUUUGGGCUAAUUAAUCUAGUUGAAUUCGUAGAAAAAUGCAGCAGUAAACUGGUGUUAGACAUGACUUGUCCCAAAUUAUGAGCCGACUUAGUUUUGUCAGAAUCCUCAACACUAUCUUAAUUUGGCUUGCCAGAACAUUUGGGGACUGACCUACCAUAAGGAGGUCGUCUAGAUAAGCAAUUAUGAUAAUGUCCGAUCUCCUUACUUGUGCCAACCCCUCUGCCAUUAGUUUCGUAAACACUCUUGGCGCUUGUGAUGAUCCAAAGGGGAGCGCUCUGAAUUGUAGAUGAGCUAUCUAUUCCCCAUCCGUACUGCAACCCUGAGAAAUUUUUGAGAUGAAGGAUGUAUGGGUACAUGGUAGUAGGUGUCUUUUAUGUCUAUAGAGGCCAUCACGCAGUUGGGGAAUAGGUGAAGAACUGUUGAUAUUGAUUCUAUUCAAAAUUUUUGGCAUGUUAAAUACUGAUUGAGCUCCUUUAGAUUUUUUAUCAUCUGAUAAGUCCCGUUGGGUUUGGGGACAAGGAAGAGAGUCGACUAAAAUCCUUUCCCUAUUUCUUCCAUGGGAACCAGUAUUAGUACCCACUUGGUCAGUAGAUUUUUUUACUUCUAUCAAUGCUGCUUGCUUUGGUGAGUUUUAAUUAGCAGCGAUUUUUAAUCUUUUUGGUGGAAGCUUUUUGAAAUCUAGAUGGUAACCUUCCUUUAUAAUUUUUAUCCAGGCACUUGUGAUAUUUUGCCAGGCUUGAGAAAAUAAAGAAAGACGACCGCCCACCUGAGGCCUGGCUUCAUUGCUGAGACACAUUUGGGGUUUGAAGUUUGGAUUUGAACAACAAACCCUUUGAUUUGCUACUUCUCCAAUCACUAGCUUUCUUUUGGUCCCCAAAGCCCCUUUUGUUUCUCUCCACCCCAAAAUGGCUUGCUUUGUUUGGGAAAAGCUGGUACUGGAAAUCCCUUUUUUCUAUCCGACGCCUUGUCCAGUAUGUCAUCCAAUGCUGACCCGAGCCUGGAAGUGACUUUUUAAAUUGUUCACAGAGGAACGAACCUCCAUUUUGACUAAAUCCUGAAUAUUCUGGAGUAAGGAUGGGGAUUAUUCCGUUACCAAUUUUUCCAGACAGGGUUGACAACAAGCUUUGGGGUAAGAUGGGCUCAAUUUUCUUUUGCAAAUUCCACAUUCUCUGGCUUUAAUCUUCUGCGUAGCUUUUUUGGGGGCCUUCUUAACCUGCAUUAACACAUAGCCCAUAAUCAGUUACCAAAAGGAAAAAAUAAUCUCCUAAAAAGAUGAUAGCAGGCAUAACCCCUCUUACCCCCAGAAGUAUCAUGCUGGAUUCGGAGUGUAGCUCCUGUCUUUUAGUGCGCUGUUGCAUCUCCCCUCCUUCCUGCAUUUAGCGUGCGUUCAAGGGGUAUGGAAGGAAGAUCUUGCUGUCUGGUCAAAGCCUGCUGCUGCUUCCUUCCAUGCUGGCUGGCGUCCCCUCUUCAAAUUUCUUGGCCCUUCCUUUUCAGGUGAAACGCACGUGUUACUUCCUGUGCGCCUAGGACAGGCCUGCCGUUAACUACGAGUAGAGGACGACUCCUCCCCCCUCUUCACCGAACUUCGCAGACCGAAGGGUACGAGGUGGCCACCAGGGAUCCCCCCCCCCAUGGCAUAAUGAAGAGGGAACGACCGGGUUUUACAGCAGCUCCUAGUGGAGACUUGCGUCGUCAGGUACCUCUCCUAGGCCUAAGGUAAUUACCCUAGAGGUCCUGCAGCCCCCUAAUAGACCUGGGAAAGAACCAUCCCCCUGUCCUACGGACAGGAAACAGGAAGAAACUGAGCAGUGGAGUACAGAGGACCCUUUUAAAGAUCUGGGAAGUUCCUGUCCGGAAGCGGGAGGGUCUCUCACAGGUGCUGUCUUGGGGCGUAAUGGAAAAUAUGUUUGUUUGCAUGAGGCCUUAAUAAAAGUCUCCCAUGGGCAAAACCAGCCAAAAGGAUUUAUGUCCAGGAUUAGAAAAUCAUGGCUGGGUUCUUUCGAAAAUACCGCUGCACCUGUCUACGGACUGUGUGUGCUAUUGUAGCUUGGCGCCAUCGACUUCAGUUGAGCUGAGCUGCAGUACCUGACACAACCUGUGGACCGGUGUGGUGCUAUGUCUAGAAGUAAGCAGCCAUGAUUUUUUUUAAUCCUGUACAAUCUGUUUAUUAACACUGCAGACUCUUCACCAAUAAGAAUUUUAAGAUUGCGGUUAGUGUUAGCGACUUGCCUCGGGCCCACCAGUCAUACUGUAUUGUCCCCCCUGUGUAACGUUCAAUCUUUGCAGCCAUUAAAGGGGUUGUACAGAAAAUGUUUAGAAAAGCAUGGCUGCUUUCUUCAAGAAACAGCGCCACACCUUCUACGGGUUGUAUGUGGUAUUGCAGCUCAAGCCUAUUCGCAUCAAUGGAGCCGACCUGCACUACCAGACACAGGGCGUGGACAGGUGUGGAGCUGUUUCUGGGGGAGGGAAAAACAGCUAUGUAAAUAUAUAUACUGAAUUAUAGGAUGUUACUAUGUGUUUUAUAACAUGUUUUAUGAGAAUAUUUAACUGUUAGAUUUUUCAGUAAGAAGAUGUAAAUAUUUUUUAGGCUUUUGACUGUAAAUUGUAUAAAGCAGAGAUGAUAGCCAUAUGUACAGUUCUCUCAUGGGCUGACAGUGCUUCCCCUUCUCAUAUCCCUGUGCCUUUCUAUCGCUGCUGCUGAUGAUUUGUGAAUUACUAAUAGAAAACAGUUAUAGUUUUUUUUUUUACUGUACAUUUAAAGAUGAAAUUCUGCCCAUAUCCACUGUGCGACUUUGUACAAACUGUUGCCUUAUUACCGUUCUUCGCCACAAGGGGGCAGUAUUUGUUGUUGGGUUUGUACCUAUUUUCACAAUAAAAUUGAGUUUUAUUCAGGUGGUA